GCCGGGCCUCCCUGCCGCGCCGCUUCGCACCCGCCGCGCUCCUCUCCGGGUGCGCAGCUGCCGGGGCGGCCGGUGAGGGUUGGAGCGCGGGGCGGGCGCUUCGAGAGAAUGAAUGGGAGCCCCGGGACUGAGCAGCCAGGCGCAAGCGAAAACAAACAGCUGGGGCUGCGAGCGCCCCCGCCCCGGCCGCCAGAGCACGCCGGCCCGGGCCCCUACUCGGGGCGCCCGCCCGCCCACCAUGAGGAAGAUCCGCGCCAAUGCCAUCGCCAUCCUGACUGUAGCCUGGAUCCUGGGUACUUUCUACUACUUAUGGCAGGAUAACCGAGCCCACGCAGCAUCCUCAAGCGGCCGGGGCGCGCAGAGGGCUGGCGGGAGGCCGGAGCAGCUCCGGGAGGACCGCACCAUCCCGCUCAUUGUGACAGGAACGCCCUCCAAAGGCUUUGAUGAGAAGGCCUACCUGGCGGCCAAGCAGCUGAAGGCUGGAGAGGACCCUUACAGGCAGCAUGCCUUCAACCAGCUGGAGAGCGACAAGCUGAGCCCCGACAGGCCCGUCCGGGAUACCCGCCACUACAGUUGCCCAUCCGUGUCCUACUCUGCGGACCUGCCGGCCACCAGUGUCGUCAUCACCUUCCACAAUGAAGCCCGCUCCACCCUCUUACGAACAGUGAAGAGUGUCCUGAACCGAACUCCUGCCAGCCUAAUCCAGGAGAUCAUUUUAGUGGAUGACUUCAGUUCAGAUCCUGAAGACUGCGUACUCCUGACCAGGAUCCCCAAGGUCAAGUGCCUGCGCAAUGACCGGCGGGAAGGGCUGAUCCGCUCCCGAGUUCGAGGGGCUGAUGUGGCUGCAGCUGCCGUCCUCACCUUUCUGGACAGCCACUGCGAAGUGAACGCUGAGUGGCUUCAGCCCCUGCUGCAGCGAGUGAAGGAGGACCACACCCGUGUGGUGAGCCCCAUCAUUGAUGUCAUCAGCCUGGAUAAUUUUGCCUACCUUGCUGCAUCUGCUGAUCUUCGUGGAGGAUUUGAUUGGAGCCUGCAUUUCAAAUGGGAGCAGAUCCCUCUUGAGCAGAAGAUUGCCCGGACGGACCCCACCAGGCCCAUAAGGACACCUGUCAUAGCUGGAGGGAUCUUUGUGAUUGACAAGUCCUGGUUUAACCACUUGGGAAAGUAUGAUGCCCAGAUGGAUAUCUGGGGGGGAGAAAAUUUUGAGCUCUCCUUCAGGGUAUGGAUGUGCGGCGGGAGCUUGGAGAUUGUGCCCUGCAGUCGGGUGGGCCACGUCUUCAGGAAACGGCACCCCUACAAUUUCCCUGAGGGCAACGCCCUCACCUACAUCAGGAAUACCAAGCGCACCGCAGAGGUGUGGAUGGAUGAAUACAAGCAAUAUUACUAUGAGGCCCGGCCCUCAGCCAUUGGCAAGGCCUUUGGCAGUGUGGCCACGCGGAUCGAGCAGAGGAAGAAGAUGAAUUGCAAGUCCUUCCGCUGGUACCUGGAUAAUGUCUACCCAGAGCUCACAGUCCCUGUGAAGGAAGUACUCCCUGGCAUCAUUAAGCAAGGAGUUAAUUGCCUAGAAUCCCAGAGCCAGGACACAGCUGGUAACUUCUUGCUCGGAAUGGGGAUCUGCAGAGGGUCUGCCAAGAACCCCCCAGCACCCCAGGCAUGGCUGUUCAGUGACCAUCUCAUCCAGCAGCAGGGCAAGUGCCUGACCGCCACCUCCACCUCCAUCUCUCCCGGGUCCCUGGUCAUACUGCAGGUGUGCAACCCGAGAGAAGGCAGGCAGAGAUGGAAGAGAAAAGCCUCUUUCAUCCAGCAUUCAGUCAGCGGCCUUUGCCUGGAGGCCAAGCCUGCCCAGCUGGUGACCAGCAAGUGCCAGGCCGACGCCCCGGCCCAGCAGUGGCAGCUGUUGCCACACACAUGACGGUAGCCCAGGACCUCCUGUACCCUUUGCAUGAGGCUUCGGGACUGGAAGGGGGUUAGGGUGGGGGAGUGUAAAGCAGGCCUUUUCCAUCUCACAUUUCUGCCGGCAUCAUCAGCAAACUGCCCUGCCACGACACCCGUUUCUCCAGAGCUGCUGUGGGGAGGACUCAGGGAAGCACGCCCCGACGCCCGCUGCCAUUCUGGCCUUGCCGAGGGAGAGGAGAAGGUCAGGGUGCUGAACAGCUGCUGGCAGAGACUGGGCAGGUCCCUCGGCCCUUUUUUCCCACCCUUCACCCCUCCUGGGGGUCCGGACAUUGGUUUGUUGGCUGGGGAGAGCCAGGACAGAGCCCACACAGGCACCCUGCUGGGUCCUGUGGCCUGCCUGUGGCAUCAUGCCUGGGAGGAGAAGGUGGCAGCGUGGAUGGGGAGUCUGAAGGCAGGAGGAGAGCGACAGGUGGAGAACAGGAAGGAGGUGGAGGCUUAGUGGCGUGUUCCGGGCAGGGGCCAAGUUGGGAGCAGGACAAAGAAUGGGAAUUUGCAGAACGUGAAGGGAAGAGGAGCUAAGCACGAAAAAGAGUGGGUCCCUUCCUGAGGACCUGUUUCCUCCCACGCUGGACCAGUCCUGGGCACUGUGCCUCCAGUCCUGUGCUCUGGGCUCCAUGUUCUUAGCAAGGGCUGCAGGGAGAUCUUCCGGAACAGUCUGAGGACGGUUUAGUAAACAGAUCCCACUUCUGUAUGGCCAUGUAUUAGGUCAAGACCUCUCCCUUGGGCCUUAGUGACCAGCUGGCACCCUGCCCCCUGUCCCGCCUGUCCACCACGAUGACCACAUCAGGAUAGGCAGCCACUGUGCACCCUGCACAGCCCAUCCUCAUUCAUAGUUUUUGACUCCUGCCUUCUUAAAGCCUGUAUGUCUGUAAAUACAGCAAGCAUCAUGGGGUUGGAGUGGCUGGAGAGAAUGGGAGCUCCAUUCAGGGGUGUAAACAUUCCCUAAGUCACUAGGGAGGAAGUCAUCGAGGCUAAGCCUUGUCCCACCUGUCCCCACUGCAGGAGGGAGGUAUGCAAGGGUCAGCCCCUGCAGUGGGCUGGGAGGCUGGCUUAUGGCUCCUUCUCACAGCCACUGGGCUUCUUUCUCCCUUCCCCCCUGGCCUGGGCUUCUGCUGUUCCCCAUGUCCUUGUGCUCCAGUGGCUCAGCAGUUUGAUCUUGGGCAAAAGACUGGUGAUACCAGUACCCCUAGGGGCCCCCCUCCCAAAGCAGACCAGUCUAGGACCCCAGGGAAUCAUGGAUUUCAAAGGGUCUAGGCAUCUCCUGAAAUUGUCCCCCAAGGAGUACAUGUGUAUGCAUACAUGCAUUUUCCUGGGUAGGGGGCCCAUGGACUUCCCCAGCUUCUUACAGAGGUCCCUGAUCCCAAAGGGUCUGAACCUCUGCCCCGGACUGGAGCUGCCCUCCACCUGAGCUGCUGUGCUCCGUCUCCCUCCUGGUGCCUAACUGCUGUCACUCUGCUCCCUCCAUGCAGUCCCUGGGGCCAGGAUCUGUGGGCUGCAGCAACCGCCCUGGGGGGCUCUCAGUGGCAUCCUCUCAGCAGUGCCCCUGUGCCCUGGCGUGCACCCCCCAGGGCCACACUUCUCCCGUCCUCUGUCGUGAUGGUUCACCCACUGCCAUCUCUGUUGUCCAUGUCCACCCUGUGGGCAGCGUGGCCUUCUAGGGAUGCGGGAGCUCGGGCUUCUGUCACUGAAUGGAAGAGGAUUGCUGCUCGGAGAGCUUCCGGGGCCCCCCUUCCCUGUGGUCAGACCAGACUCAGCACUGGUCAGGGCCCUUGUGUGGGACACAGCCCUAUUCUGUUUUUGCUUUUCUUCUUUACCAAAGCAUGUGCCACUAGCUGUCCCUGUGGACUUCGUCUUUAUGGAACACACACCUGGAAUAAAACCACUUCUCACAUG